GCUGCCAAAAUGAGGUCCAUGCUGAUUCUCUUUCUCUUCAGCUACUUCUUUGCAAGUUAUGAUGCCAAAAUCUUCUCUGAAUGUGAGCUAGCCAAAAAGCUGAAGGCCCAUGGAAUGGAUAACUUCCAUGGUUACAGCUUGGCAAACUGGGUCUGCAUGGCUAAGCACGAAAGUGAUUUAAAUACCAAGGCCCUCAAUGACAAAAAUUCUGAUGGCACCAUUGACUAUGGGAUAUUCCAGGUGAACAACAAAUGGUGGUGCAAGGACAACAAACGUCAGUCAAAAAAUGCCUGCAACAUAGCAUGCAGCAAACUCUUGGAUGACAACAUUGAUGAUGACAUCACUUGUAUCAAAAGAAUAGUGAAAGAUCCUAACAAGAUGAAUGCCUGGUAUGCCUGGGUCAAACACUGCAAAGGCAAGGAUUUAUCCAAGUACUUGGCUGGCUGUAAGCUAUGAAACUGUCACUGAAUAUAAUUCAUAGAAGGUGACUCAAAAAGAUGGACAACUUUUUAGUUCUGAAUCCUCUUUCCAUCUCUGCCUCUAAAAUAAAGAUUGAUCAAACUUAUCUGUCUCAAAUAACAUUUUUAGGGGAUGGGUUGUAAUGAUUUUUUACUACAUAAUGUCAUUCCUUGAAAAUUCUGUCACAUUCAGAGUCUAAAAAUUCCCAUUCAGUUUCCCGGGGUCUUUGCAUCUUGAAAUCCAUCAUCCUCAAAAACAAAGAUACUUCAAGUGUGUUCCCCAGGCCAACUGUGUUGCAUUACCUGAAAUUUUAUUAGAAAUGAAAAUUCUUGCUCUCAUCGCAGACCUUACUAUGAAAUAAGAACCUGGAUUUUUAUUUUAAUGUCAUCUGGGGAGUAGGAUGUUUUUGGACUUAUGUGAUUGUUUGUUUUGCCAUUUUUAGACUAAAAUGUAGUUUAAAUUGUUUCCCACAGAACAGUUGUCUUCUCAUUGUGAAUUUGAAAGUUCUGUACAUAUUCAGGC